CAUCUUCAUCUAUUCUUUCUUCAGUUCCCCAAAAUCAACACACCAAAUCACCACCCAAACACAUCUCCACUCUUAAGCACCAUUCUCAACUUUAUAAUUUCCUUCGUGUAAACUGCAGGUCAGGUAACUUUUCUCUUGAUGAAGCUUUUGAUUCCUUCAAUUAUAUGAUUCAUAUGCACCCAACUCCUGCUAUGUCUUCCUUCAGUAUUUUGUUUUCUGCACUUGUUAAGAAAAAACAUUUUUAUCAACUUCUUGUGAUGUACACGAGAUUCAUUUCAGCUGGGUUGUUGCCGGAUUUCUUUAUUUUGAAUAUUUUAAUUGAUUGCUUAAGCAAAAUGGCACGCGAUUCUGAUGGUUUUGUAGUUCUUGGGAGUAUUUUUAGGAGGGGUUUUUACCCAAACGCUUUGACUUUUAGCAAUCUGAUUAAUGGUCUUUGUAUGGCGGGCAAGAUUAAGAAGGCCAUUGAAUUUUUUAGGAAUAUGGUUUCGGUUGGUUGUAGACCGGAUGUGGUUACAGUUGGGACUUUGAUUACUGGGUUGUGUAGAACUGGUAAUGUCGCUGUUGCCCUUCAGUUGUUUGAAGAAAUGAAUAACGGGAAUGGUGAAUUUGGUGUCAUUUGUAAGCCUAAUACUGUUUGCUAUACUACAAUUAUUGAUGGUCUCUGCAAAUAUGGGUUAGUAGGCAAGGCAAAGAAACUGUUUUCAGAAAUGAAGACCAAGGGCAUUAAUCCAGACGUGAUUACUUACGCCACUCUGAUUUAUGGUUUGUGUAAUACAUCUAAUUGGGAGGAGGCUAAAACUUUGUUUAUAGAGAUGUUGGAGGAAGGUGUAAAACCUAACGUGGUGACAUUUAACGUGGUAAUUGAUAAGUUUUGUAUCGAUGGAAAGAUGGACGAAGCCAAUGGGUUGUUCCAACUGAUGAUUAAUAGAGGUGUUUGUCCCGACACAAUAACUUAUAACAGAUUUUUGAGUGGUUUUUGCUUGGCAGGUCAAAUUGAUGAUGCUAGAAGGCUAUUUGAUUCCAUGGCAAGUGUGGGGUGUAAGCCUGAUGUUUUUAGCUACAAUAUUUUGAUGGAGGGUUUAUGCUUGACAAAUAAAAUUGAUGAUGCCAAGGAACUUUUAGCCUCAAUGUUGAGUAUGGGAUGCACACCUGAUGUAGUUAGCUACAAUACUCUGAUCAAAUGGUAUUGGAAGAAUCGAAAAAUUGAUGAAGCCUUGAAUCUUUAUGAGGAAAUGACUUCAGAGGGAGUUAGGCCAAAUGUUGUUGCUUAUAAUACCUUGCUAUCUGGGUUUUUUAUGAACGGUAAUGUCAGACAUGCAAAAAAGCUAUUUGGGAGACUCAAUAUUGCUUGGGAAAUGUUCAACAGAUUACAUAGUAAUGGCUUUGUUCCAGAUGUUAUUACAUAUAACAUUAUAAUGCAUGGAUUUUGUACGGAAGGAAAGUUAGAAAUGGCAGAAUAAUGAGACUUUAAAAGUGGUGGAACUUCUUCACAAAAUGAAAGAGAGAAAUGUGAAACCAGAUGCAUCCACAGGUUCAAUAAUAUUAGAUUUACUGGGAAAGCAUGAAGAUUAUCAUGAAGUCCUGAAUUUGCUACCAUCCUUUUCAACCCAAGAACCAACAGGAUGUUGAUUGUUGAGUAAGUGCAUUUCCAGGGGAGUAUAGCUUAUCAAGAGAGCCCUGGCAAACGCUAAAGUUUCCAUGUAAUGGUGUGUGUCAACAUUGUAGUGGUGAUUGUAUUUAUGUGAAUCCAUUAAUAAAGAAGUCAUAUAAUUGAAGUUA